AUGCCGCCAACACGUCGUUACAUCUGUUCCUUUUGUGCUAAAUCUUUCUCACGGUCAGAACACAAGUCUCGUCAUGAACGAUCACAUACAAAUGAGAAACCGUUUGGUUGUACAAUCUGUUUUGCGAAGUUUGUCCGAAGAGAUCUUUUGCAACGCCACUUAAGAACCGUUCACAAUGAGCAAAAUCCUGGGAGGCUAGUCCAAACUACCUUAUCAACCGGCGUCAAUACUACUAUUUUAAAUGGCAAUGCAGGGGCUACUGCUCAGUCGGCACCUAAUCAGCAUUCAGCAACAACAAGUAUUGCUUCGACUUCACAAGAUAAUACACCCGAGCCUGCAAAUUUUGGAAACCCACAGUCUACAAUGCAAUCGAAUCAGGAGACUACUGAGGAUUCACCAAAAGCCGAUGCUAAUGAAUCUAUAACUUCAAGCAACAUCAUCAGUUCCAAUUUUUACUCUUUGUCAGAAAGAAACCUCAUUCUUUUACUUGCUUUGUCUAAAAAAUUUGCCAAUCUUGAUUUGGUUGACGGGAAAUUGAUCCUUGCCAAUCGUGAAAAUGCUAUUGGGAACAGCAAUUUGAGACCGGUUAUUUGCAGCUCCAAAAUUUCAAACUAUCUUCUUAUUUGGGGUACUAUUUCAAACAUCAAGUUCCCCGUUAUUCUAAAUCUAAACAAGAUUUUAACCCUUUCCACUAUUGAAAGCCGUCAUCCAAAUAGCAACCAAAGUGGUACAGUUUUCAGUUCCGCCUUAUUUUACGCAGUAUUAGCAUUUGGUGCUGCUGAAUUUGGUCAAUUUAAUGAUUGUUUGAAGCUUUUCAACACUUGUUGGUCUCUAAUAUUGCCAAAAAUGAGUAGACCAGAAGAAAUUAUUGAACCCCUCACUAUCCUAGGCUACAUUUCCUUCAACUAUCUUCAGGAAUUAUAUUAUUUCAAGGGCAAUAACCAGGUCUUACCUUCAAGAGUUGCCGCUGUUUCUGUGUCCAUACAUACAAUUUUUCAGUGUUUAAAUGAGGUCAUUUAUAAUUUGAUUUCUGAGUAUUAUACCACCUUAAAACAGACAAAAUCUUAUCAUGGAAGCAUUUCUCUUAGUACCAUCAACUACUACAAAUCACAUGGGCUACCCAUCCCCCCUGAAUUGUUGUCACAAGAAGUCAAUCCUAAUUUACUUAACUCAGUAGGCCGUGAAUUGUUCAAUUAUUGGUACGCAUAUAAUCUACUUUCGACAUAUUCUUUGAAUUUUGGAAAAUCAUCACCAAAAAUUCAUUCAAUUUUUCUCAAAAAAAUCUUACCAACAAAUAAUGAUUAUCAUUUCAUGUCAACUGAAGCACAAAUAAAAACCAGUAAACCAGGAAAUAUCGAUUUCAAUAAAAAGCUGAUCGAUUUUAUUGCCAACGAAACAUUGAAAGAUGCUCUUAAUAAUUUAUCUAAAUCACCUAGUUUGUUGAGAAACUUGAUUUCUGGUUCUAGUGACAUCAAUUCUUUGACUAAUUCGGUUUUCCCAGCAAACACGUUCAAGAAUUUGACUCUUAGAGAAAAUUGUAUCAUAAUGGGACUAUCUAAUGAAUUACAAUCAAUUCGUCUCAACGAAGCAAAUUUAUACAACAAUAAUCGAAAUUCUCUACAUAAUGCAAUUAUCAUGGCAAAUAAGUCGUUGAAUGUCAAUUCCAACUACCAACAAUUUUCGACUUCAUCAAAGACCUUUUCUACAGGCUCCACAACUGCUCCUGAUAAUGCUAAUAAUACCGAAUAUUCUUUAUUUAUGGAAUCGCCCUAUCUGGCACAAGCACCAAGUGCAUCCUUAGUUUCCUAUUUACGGAAUGUUUCAACGUUUGGUUCCAAGUCACACGGAGUUCAUUCACCAAAUGAGCCUAACUUGAAUAUUGUCAAUAAUACCACUAUCAAUUCCAACUCGAAUUAUUUGUUCAAUGUCAAUAAUUUCUCCAAUAUGCUAGUUAACAGCAAUAUCAACCAAGACUUAAUCAAUAUUUGUAAUUUGAUCAUCAUCCUCAAGAAAAAAGUGCUAAUUAAUUGUGAGAAUAAACUUAUUCAGGACUUACUUAUUGAUUAUAUUAUUAUCCCAAACCAUGAAAUUUAUUGGAAUUUAUUGUAUAUCACCAUCAAAGAGUUCACCUUUAGUAAUUCUGAUUUCAUCCAAUGGAAUGAAAUGGAUGAUGAAGCCAUGAAGGACAAAUUCCAGCAAUCCUAUAUGAACCCCAUCGGAAAUUUGUCAUCAACAGGCUCCCAUUUGCAUGGAAGUGCGAGUUUUUCUAAUGGUGCAUACGGUAUUGGGCCUUACGUUAAUGACAUGACUUUCAACUCUUCAUUCAAUGGCUUUUCAGAUUUGAUUCAUGAUAUCAUGAGAGAAGUGAAUAUCAAUGAUGUUGUUUCCAAAAUCACCAAGUUUGUAAUUGGUAAUUCCAAAAAAUUUUGUGAUAAUGUGAUAAUUAACAACAAUUUGGGUUUGGCGUCUUUGCCAUUAUUGUUUAUUGGGUACUUAAUCAACUCUUUGAGUCCCCAAAAUUUGGUCAAUGAAGGAUUUCGUACUUUUAACCUCAAUUCUCCGGAAGAUUUGAUGAUGAAUUUUUUAAAUUUGAAUGCAGGAUCAAUGUCAAAUAACAGCUUGGUAUUUCUCAAGUAUUUCUUGAAACUACCAAAAAACUUUGUCAACUUGUUGAUUGAGGAUUUCCUAAUUUUGAUCAAGGUUUUUUACAGUUUGAAGAAAAGUACGAUUGCGAAAAGUGAAAAUGAUGUUGGAACAAAAGAAAAUAACAACGCUAGUGGCCUUGACGGUGGCAUAUCUCAGACUUCUAGGGAGCUGAAUACUGUUGGUGAAAAUGAUGAGACCGAAAAGGUAAACACUCAAGAAACGUUUAAAGCUUCAAUCGAAAAAAUUGUCAAUUCUCCAAUUCUCGAAUCAAUCGUCUACUUAAUUCGUGAAAUGGGGUCUGAUCUUAAAAACGAUGACGUUUUGGGCUCAGAUAAUGUCAAUCCAGCAGAAAUUAUUGCCAAAAGCAAUAACACUGUCAAUACCGAUCGUAAUUUAAUCAUUGAUGGUUUAGUUGAUUCAGAUGACGAUGUAAUUCUCUAUUUCUAUUUGAAAAAUAUUGAAAUCAUUUUUAUCAGCUGGCUAAAUUUUUUGAAUUUUGGAAAUAAUCAAUUCAUUCAAAACAACAACAACGCGAUUGAUAAUUAUUUGACAAGAUUAAUCAAGUAUGUUCAAUUAUCGAUGGCCCAAAUUUAUGAGACGUUGGAUAUUAAGACUAAGUCAAAAGAAAGACAAAGAGUCCCAGGGGUGGGAAUAUCACAGAAUCAUACGAUGGGCUCUUUUUCCCUGAAAUUUCACCAUUCUUCUUAUUAUCCUCAGAGAGAUCAAGCUGCUCAACCUUACCUUGGACAGCCUCCAAAUUUGAUGCCAACUUCUAAUGCUUCUCAGUAUCAUCAUUCCCAUCCUCAACAUCAUCAUCAUGCAUCUGUUCCAUAUAGCUCUCGUUAUUAUUCCACGCCUUAUGGUGUUAAUCUGGUGCCCGCGACUUCCCAUGCUCACCAAAAUCUAAUUUCAUGGUCCUCGCAAGCUGCCAACCUUGGUGACACCAAGCCUAAAAUUUCCCCAAGUACACCACAAUCUGCAACAGUAUCAAACAAGGCAAGUUCAAUCUCGAGCUUGAUUAAUGAAGAUAAACACUCUUGA